UGAUUUGUUUUAUUUUGUCUAUUUAGUGUUUCUUCAGGUUUAAAUAUGUAAUAACGGUGGUUUAUUAACUGUUUAAUAUCUGUGAAAGUGCACAAAUGUGGGAAAAUGAAACAAAGCCGCUGGACGUAACUUCUCGGAAUCCUCCAAAAAGUCCACUGAAAAAAUCUUAGUUAAUGACCACCAUUUUACUGAGAUUAUAUUUCAUCCCAUAUCAUCUCAUUUCAUUUCAUUUAAUUUCAUUCCAGUUGAUUAAUAUCUCAAAUUAAUCAUCUUUCACUCCAUCAUUUCAUUUCACUCCAUAAUAUAAUUUUUAUAAAAAUAUGAAUAUAAAUUAAAAUAAGACAUGACUUAAAGGUCUUAGUUACCAGGUCAGAAAAUCCCUUAUAAAAAAAUUAUACACUGACCUAUUAUAUUUAAUGCAAAUAUACAUAUUUAUUUACACAAAUAUUUGCGUACGGUACUAUUUACUUAGGUACCUACUAAUAUUAAUUACCUAGUUAAAAUCAUGAGUAAUUUAGAUUUUGAUGAUAACGACAUAAGUUAUGAAAGUGCCCAAAAAUAUUGGUCAGAUAUUCCUGCAACUGUUGAUGGAGUUCUCGGUGGCUUUGGAUUUAUAUCUGACAUAGACAUAGAAGGAUCAAGAAUUUUCCUUGAAAGUCUUUUAUCGUGUAAUAAAGCUCCAUGCACUGAUUUAGCACUUGACUGUGGUGCUGGUAUAGGAAGGAUAACAAAGAACUUACUAUUGCCAUACUUUCAAUUAGUGGACGUUGUGGAGCCCGAUAGUAAAUUCAUUAAAACAAUAAAAAAUUAUGUUGGUGAACACCAAUCAAAGAUUGACACACUAUACGAAGUUGGUUUACAAGAUUUCAAUCCUGUCAAAAGAUAUGAUGUUAUUUGGAACCAGUGGGUUCUAGGAUAUCUACUGGAUCAGGAUUUAAUAGCUUACUUAAAACGCUGCAGAAAUGCUUUAAAGACCAAUGGAGUCAUUGUAGUAAAAGAAAACGUAACUUCAUCAGGUAAAAGUGAAAAGGAUGAAACAGAUUCCUCAGUUACACGAUCACUACAACAGUUUCUUAGUAUUUUUAAACAAUCAAAACUGAAGAGAUUAAAACAGUGUAAGCAAACUAAUUUCCCUAAUGGAAUUUACCCUGUUUAUAUGUUUGCAUUAGUUCCUAUACAGGAAGAUUAUAAUUCUGAGGAUUUAAAGGUAUAAUAAUAGCGUAAUUGUGGUUUAGUGAAUAUUUAAAAAAUGGACAGAAAAAAAGAAAUAAUUAUUAUCUGUAAAAAUGAAAAAUAAACAUGUAUUAUGUAAA